GGGAUGGGAUCAGCACCCAGAAGCCAGCCCCCUCUGACAGCUUCCUUUUUGGCCAAGCCCUGCCUCUGUGCAACCCCGAGUGGGCAGCCAGAGGCUGCAGCUGGAGCCCAGAGCCCAAGAUGGAGCCCCAUUUGGGGCCUGAGGCUGCCGCCCUCCGCCACGGCUGGCCGGCCCUGCUGCUGUGGGUCUCAGUUCUGAGCUGUUCUUUCUCCUUGCCAGCUUCUUCCCCUCCUUCUCUGGUGCCCCAAGUCAGAACCAGCUACAAUUUUGGAAGGACUUUCCUCGGUCUUGAUAAAUGCAAUGCCUGCAUCGGGACAUCUAUUUGCAAGAAGUUCUUUAAAGAAGAAAUAAGGUCUGACAACCGGCUGGCUUCCCACCUUGGACUGCCUCCCGACUUCUUGCUUUCUUAUCCUGCAAAUUACUCAGAUGAUUCCAAAAUCUGGCGCCCUGUGGAGAUCCUUAGGCUGGUCAGCAAAUAUCAAAACGAGGUCUCAGACAGGAGGAUCUGUGCAUCUGCCUCAGCCCCAAAGACCUGUAGCAUCGAGCGUGUCCUGCGGAAAACGGAGAGGUUCCAGAAAUGGCUGCAGGCCAAGCGCCUCACGCCAGACCUGGUGCAGGGCCUGGCCAGCCCCCUCCUGCGCUGCCCUUCGCAGCGACUCCUGGAUCGUGUGGUCAGGCGCUACGCAGAGGUGGCCGACGCUGGCAGCAUCUUCAUGGACCACUUCACCGAUCGGGACAAGCUGCGCCUGCUCUACACGCUGGCUGUCAACUCACACCCCAUCCUCCUACAGAUCUUCCCUGGGGCCGAGGGAUGGCCGCUGCCCAAGUACCUGGGCUCCUGUGGCAGAUUCAUCGUCAGCACCAGCACCAGACCGCUGCAGGAAUUCUAUGAUGCACCCCCAGAUCAGGUGGCUGACCUUGCCUACCAGCUCCUGGGUGUCCUGGAGUCUCUGAGGAGCAAUGAUUUGAACUAUUUCUUCUACUUCACCCAUAUUGAUGCAGACAUGUUCGGUGUCUUUAACAACGGGCAUCUGUUCAUCCGAGAUGCCAGUGCAGUGGGCGUCAUCGACAAGCAGGAAGGCAGCCAAGAAGCCACCGGGGCCGGAGAGAAUAAAGACAUUUUUAGCUGCCUGGUUUCCGGCUGCCAGGCCCAGCUGCCCUCCUGCGACAGCAUCUCUGAGAAGCAGAGCCUGGUGCUGGUGUGUCAGAAGUUGCUGCCUCGACUUCUCCAGGGGAGGUUCCCCUCCCCCGUGCAAGACGACAUAAACUCCGCUCUUGCUCAGUGUGGGGACGCCACCCGCCCAGACCCAGAAGCCCUUGGGGCUGCCAGCCAACUGAAAGACAUCUUGAGGCCCCUGAGAACCUGUGACUCCAGAUUUGCCUACCGUUACCCAGACUGCAAAUAUAACGAUAAGUUCUGAAAGGCUGGUGUCUAACUAGCCUCGGGGAUGACACACUGGGCUCUCCAUUCCCCCAGUCGGGUUGCUGCAAGGUUGAAAAAAGCCGCUCUUUUUAAAAUAUGAGGACAAAGGCACAUGCAUUUCUCAGGGACUGAGAGGGAAGUUGUGAGAUACCAUGUGUCUGUCUCUGCUGGCUGGUACGUCCUGGCAAAUCCCAGGGGUGGGGGGAGGGCAUCAGAAGACCUGGGUAUGGACGCUCACUCAGUGUCUUUGAGCAUCAGUUUCCUCUCUUCUCCACCAGACUCUCAGGAGGGUGAAAGAAGACAGAGAUGGAGCCACCAUUGAGCGUAUGUCCCAAGCGUGGGGCUUGGGACGUGUGCUCACCACCUCCAUCCCAGCGGUUAUGAAGUGUGUUCUGGAAAAGCACAGAGGCAGGGAGCACGGGGAAGAGCCGCGCAGGUCAGGAGGCUGGAGUGGAGGGAAGGCGGGGGAAGACAGGCUUCCCGCUGCUACCACGUUAGACUCGGACAAAAGGGGCCCCCUUCCUGCUCCCUAUGGCCCUGCCACACUCCCAACGCCACUGCAGGAUGAGGAGACUGCGGGCCAAAGGGACACGCCUGCCACUGCCUAGAGCCUGGUACCUGGGGCUUCAUCCCCCUGCGCAUGGAGCUUCUCCGGGUGUGGGAAGAAGCCCGAGGUAAGAAGAGAAAGGGGAGCCAGCGGGGGGCCAAUGUGUUAGCCCAAGUCCUCCAAGAGAGGUGUCAAGACAGACUGAACGGGACGGAGAUGUGUUAGGGGAAAUGCUUGUGUGAAAGGAAAGGAGGGAGCCGGAGAAAACUGGGAGGAGCAUGAAGUCGAGCUGCAAGCUGAGCCCCAGCAAAGGAGAGAAGGUCCGGCAGAAGCUUGCUGAGCUCAAAAUCGAAGAAAGAUCCAGCAAGGCGCUCAAGGGGUGUUCUCAAGGCAAAGGCCAUCAGAGGAUCCCCAUGUCUCCCACAAAUAGACCCCUUUAGCAUCCCUGCUGCACGAAGUGGUUGGUGGAUACAGCCUGUGGGAAGCGUGGCCUCCGCCCCACCACAAAGAUAGAUUUCAGAGCAGAGCAGUGGGGGCCCCUGGUCAGCCCUGCUCCCUAGAGCAGGAGAUCUUGAGUGAAAGAACAUUCUUCUUGUAGCCACAGCUGAGGCCCUGAACCAGCUCCGUCCACACCACAGGCUUCAAGUUGGGACUCUGAGUCUGGGAAUUUUCAUUCAAUUUUGGCCUUACAGGUCACUCAGCAGAAAUACAUUUUUUUCAAGGUCAACCAAUAGAACAUACUUUUAUUCAACAGUUCGUUCGUUGGUGUUUUAAAUAUUUAGCUACAUGGCAUGUCGGCUUCCAUGUACACUCUUGCCUUGGCCCCUGAAACGUAAGCGGGGGCUCUUCUGCACCUUUGCCCAGCCUCCCUGCCAUCCCUUAACCCCAGAAACCUCUCAGUGUACCUCCUCUUUUCUACCUCUGAAUCCCCACCUUUAAAGUCAGAACAGGCCAGGCACGGUGGCUCACACCUGUAAUCCCAGCACUUUGGGAGGCCUAGGUAGGCAGAUCACUUGACGUCAGGAGUUUGAGACCAGCCUGGCCAACAUAGUGAAACCCCAUCUCUACAAAAAAUACUAAAAUUAGCCACGUAUGGUGGCAUGCAUCUGUAGUCCCAGCUACUCGGGAGGCUGAGGCAGGAGAAUCACUUGAACCCGGAAGACGAAGGUUGCAGUGAGCCAAGAUCAUGCCACUGCACUCCAGCCUGGGCAACAGAGUGAGACUCAGUCUCAAAAUAAAUAAAUAGAUAGAUAAAAAUAAAGUCAGAAUACCUGGCUUAACAGGCCUCACUAUCCAGAUGAGGAAACUGAGGCCCGGAAAGGAAAAGUGAUCUGCAGGGAUAUUUCCAGAACCCCUGCUAUUAGGAGGCUUCUGUUACCCCCACCUUCAGCCUCUGACUCUCACCUGUGCGACCCAAUUCUGGUCCCUUCACUCCCACUCAAAAAUGGACCCCAGAAAAGCCUCAAUUUGAGGUGUACCUGGUUGCCUUUUGGAUUUUCUCUUGACUGCUACAGGCACUGUCCCAGGGCGACCACGAUUGGGAAGGUGACUGGCCAAGCUUGUGGACUGGCCAGCAAGCUCGGGCUGCCUGAGACACUCUGAAAUGGCUGCUUUCUGGUCACAGUCCCUCUCCUGCUGGCCUGACUACAGCUGGCCCCCUGACGACAGACCAGGAGAGGCCACAGCCUCCAGAGCCUCCAGUCCACCGGAGGAAGAAGGCUUACCAGAGAGACUCUCUGAUGCCUGAGCCAGGUCCCAGCGCUUCUCCCUACGUCCGGGUGUGUUUCCACCGCAAAAUGCCGCCACACAAUGAGUGACUUUGGCCCCGUAUGGGCCAGCGUGUGGUCCCAGGUAACCCUCAACUACCUCCACCACACGUCUGUCUACCUGUGGUGAUGAGCACUGGCCCUGCCCCCUUCUCUCCUCCAGACUAGUUGCCUGAGACGCGGAGCAAUGUUCCUUCUAAACCAUCCUGAAGCCGCUGGCGAUGCUGGGUCCAGGCAGGAAAUGCAGACUUGGCACCUACCUCUAUCAGCAGAAAGAGACUUUGCGCCCCACUCGUCUGAGUCCCAGGAUGGAGCCAAUAAGAAGACCAGCGAGCUCUCUUCUGGGGAGCUGUUGGGAGAUUUGUUUUUAGUAUAAAUUACAAUAAUAUUCUGUGUAUGUGUACAGCUGUGUUCACAUCCACAGUGUAACCUGUGAUAUAGUUUGGAUGUUUGUCCCCUCCAAAUCUCAUGUUGAACUGUGAUCCCCAACAUUGGAGGUGGGACCUGGUGGGAGGUGACUGGGUGAUGGGAGCAGUUGCCUCCUGAAUGGUCCGCGCCCUCCCCGAGGUGAUAAGUGAGUGCUCUCUGAGCUCACUUAAGAUCCGGUUGUAUGAAAGUGUGGCACCUCCCUCCCCCACCUCUCUCUCUCACUCCCGCUCUCACCAUGUGACAGCUGGCUCCCCCUUUGCCUUCCACCAUGGUAGGAAGCUUCCUGAGGCCCUUACCAGGAGCAGAUGCCAGCCCCACACGUCCUGUACUGCCUGCAGAAACAUAAGCCAAAAUAAAGCUCUUUUCUACCAACUA